UUAUUUGCUGCGGUUCUGUUUGUAAACAAUAAUGGUGGACAACAAGCACUAGCAUUCCAGAAUACAUAAUAUUUUCCUUGCAAACACCUUAUUUCUGGCACUUAGAACUUCCCUUUGAUAAAAUAUCUACAGAAAAAAUUGACUGAAUUGAAAAUAAAUAACUAUGGACGAUGAAGAAGUUGAUUUUCUAAAGGAUCAGGUCAAGAGACUAAGUGAACAACUCCAGAAAUAUAGAAAUGUCACUGCUGAAAGUGUUGGUGAUGAGCAAGGAGCUUUGGAUGGAGAUGCACCAGUGGCACCUUGGCUUACUGACAAAAGUCUCUUGUCACCAUUGAUAGCUGAGUAUGAUCAACAGUUCCAGGCUCUGCUGGAAGAGAAAGAAAUCCUGCGAGGUGAGUUAGACAAACUCCGUCCAGAAUUGCGAAGAUUAAUGGAUGAAAAUAAAAAGCUGGUUGGAGAUAUGAAGGAAAGAUUAGAGAACCAGUUAGAUACUGAUAUGGAUGAUGAAGGGGGUUUCCAACCUGUAACAGACCAGGAACAAGUCAUGAGUAAUCUUAACAUGCAGGUGGAAACAGCUUUACAGGAAAAGGACGCAGCUAUGGAGCGGUGGAGAGAAGCUGAAAUGGAAAUAGACAGGUUACAGAAAGAAUUACAGAAUGAAAAGGACAGUCAUCAAUGGAGAAUUGUUGAAGAUCAAGCAACCAGAAUGCAAUCAGAGUAUCAAGAAUCAGUUGCAGUUUUAAACAGAGAAAUAGAAGAACUCCAAUUAGACAGCAGAGAGGCCAAACAUGAAUUGGAAAAAGCCAUUUCUGAAUUAAAAGAAUUAAAAAAAGAAAAUAAAGAUUUUGAGCAGAAGUUACAAUGGAAGGAUCAAGAUAUAGCAGACAUCAUAAUGAAAGAAGGGAUGUCAGAUAGUCAUAUACGGGAAAUGAAAAGAUUACUGGAUGAAAGCAAUCACAAAUUAUCUCAAGUCAAUAGAGAGUUAGAAGAAACUAAAACAGAUAAAGCUGGACUUGAAGCUAGAAUAAAAGAAGCACAGAAAAGAUAUGGUGAUAUGGAACAGAGAGAAUUAGAUGCUGUGGCUCAAGUCAGGGAUGCAGUACAAAUGGUAGAAAAAGCUAUGAUGGAAAAAGAACAGGCAGAGAUAGAUCUGAAGCAGAGAGAAGAAGAGGCUGACUCGUUACAGGAAGCUAUCAGCAAAUUAAUUAAUGAAGCAGGACUUAAAACCAGACAAGAGGUUGAUCUUGUAAGGAACCAGUGCAAUGAAAGAAUCACAAAACUUACUCAGGAAUUAAAUAACUUGGAAAUGGAAGGUGCUGACUUAAAAGAACAAGUAACAAGAGCCAUCAGGGAUAAAAGGAAUGUGGAAGCUGAAUUGGAAAAGUUCCAUCAUGACCAGAAAGUUUCUGGAGCUAAGGAUAAAGCCUCAUUCGAAGACAUGAACAGAAGAGCUAUAGCUGCUGAAAGGUCAAGAGAUGAUUUGGAGGUCAAAGUUGAAAAUCAACAUAGUGCACUUAAAAAGGCAGAAAUGAACAAUCAACAAAUUACAACCCAGACUGAGGUACAGUUAGCCCAGUUGAAGGAGAGAAUGUCGGGGAUGGAACAAGAGUUUGAGUUCCUGAAUGACGACAGAAUGAGAUUACAAAAUGAUAAUGAUGAACUGAAGAAACGAAUGCUGGCAGCAGAAAAAGAGAAAGAAUCAGCUCUUAGGAAAUGUCAAAAAGAGAUGACAAUAUUUGAACAUGAACAGCAACAAAAAUUACAGGAAUAUGAAACAAGACUACAGUGUUCAGAAGAUGCUAGUCGUUCAACUGUUGGUGAAUUAAGAAACUUAUUAACAGGUCAACAGAGAAUGUGUGCUAGAUGGAAAGAAGAAUGUCAAAGUAUUACAGAAAAGUUUGAACAAAAAAUAAAAGAUGUCCGAUCAGAACUUAGUCAUGUGAAAAAGAGAAAUGAUGAACUGACAUCAUUACUGAGAGAAAGUCAGGAGAAAACAUUAGAGGCAGAAAGAAUGAUCACAGAUUAUGCUAAAAAUAUAAGAAGAAUGGAAGAAAGAGUCAGAGAUUCAGAAAGUCGAGCAUCAGAAGCUUCUAAACAGUUGGCCAGGCAUUCUAUGAGAGAAAGAAAAAUGCAAAAUGAAAGAAAAAGUUUAUUAUUAGAAUUGAAUACUUCAACAAGAUCUGUAAGUGUACCAAUCAUGCAAUAACUAAUGGAUUCUUCUUGAGGUACAAUUAUGAAAUAAUGAUCUGUUGAUAGGGGGAUUAUCAUCUAGUCCAAAAUCAAAGCUACAAGACACAUCAUACUUAAAUGGCAGCCUUAACAAAGACGAUCCAUUAUCAGACAGAUGAUAUUAACACUAGACAUGUAUAUUCAAUGCAAUGUUAAAACUCAGGAAAAAUUCAUAUCAAAGUUUUGGAAUGAGUUCCAUGGUAUUUCAAUAUCUGUGAUAAAUACAAUAGUGCCAUGCUGGAAGGUUGUAUGGAAUCAAAGAAGAUUUCCGGCAAAGACUUAUCGAGAUGCAUUUUAAUAUAGUCAUCAAUUAUAUUUGAAAAAAAUGUAUUGAUUGGUUAGGACUAAUAUUUGUAUACUCAACGAAAGCUUGUAUAAGUUUGCAACAUUGUAUUUGAGUCAUAUUUUAAUACUAGAAUAGAUAGUACCUCAAACCAAAGAACAGCUUAAGUUGAAAUAUAAUACUCAUAGAAUUUGUUAGUGUAAUAGACUUCCCUGGCUGAAUUGGGCUGGCACUUUCAUUUGGUUUUCAUAAAUUAAUCUUUAACAUAGUUUAUUAUAGGUUGAGUUCAUGUCAUUGAGUGUUAACCACAAAAUUGUUGCUAAAAUUUGGAUGAAUAGUGUUAUAUUAAUAUAUGUUAAAGUCAAUUUAAAAUAUUCAUGGUGUUGAUGGCAUAACAGUUUGUAAAGUUUUUACUGCCAAAUUUCCUGGACUACAUUUGUUUUGGUUUGGUUUGGGUAACUGUUUUUUAUACCACAGCUUAAAAAAAUUGGGGGUAUACUGUUUUACCCAUGUCUGUAUAAGAAGCAAAGGACAAACUAUACCCUACGUAUAUCCAUGUGUCCGUCCAUCCAUCCUUUAUGUCUAGAUUUAGAUUUGAUAAAUUCUUCAAAGUGUAUAGCCAAAAUGAUGAAAAUAUUAUGUAGCAGUUUAUUUUUUUAAAUACAGGAUAACUCAAUACAUGUAUAUGAUUUGCAACAAGAUAAAACAAAUAAAACUAGCCAACCUUGUAGUGCUAUAUUGCUUUAUUUAUAUUCUUCAUUAUGAAAAAAAAUGUAUUUUUUAUUUUUGUAAUGUUAUUGUUUACAAAUAUAUUUAAAUAUAAAUAUUCAAUAUCAAA